AUGGCAAGCAGCACAGAGAUGGCACUCUUUGAAGUUACAAUGAGCUCAGCAGGUGAUUAUGGCGCUGACAACUACGACCAUAAAUUAAAGCUCAACUCAACAGAUGACUAUUACUACUAUGGCCCUAGCGAAAACGAACUGCUGCCAAUGUCCCAUGUCUACAUCCCUGUGCUGUACUACAUUAUGUUCUUUGUUGGCUUCUCAGGGAACCUCUUUGUCAUUGUGGUCAUAGGCAAUCGGCAUAAGAGAAAUGGCCGUCUCGUGGACACCUUUGUACUGAACCUGGCAAUUGCUGAUCUUGUGUUUGUCCUCACAUUGCCACUUUGGGCUGUCGCGGCUGGUCACCAUGAGUGGCCCUUCGGCGAGGCCCUGUGCAAGAUUAGCAGCUUCAUCAUUACUGUCAACCGCUUUUCCAACAUCUUCUUCCUCACUUGCAUGAGUGUGGACCGCUACCUGGCUGUAGUGAAACGAAUGGACUCUCAGUUCCUCCGGAGCAGCAACUGUGCACAGAUAACUUGCGGCAUUGUGUGGAUUGUUUCAUUUCUACUUGGAAUUCCAUCGUUGGUGUACCGUGGGAUGGAUGUCACAGUGUGUUCUGAAGAUUCCAAAUCCUCUUUUGUUCAAGCAAUGAAUCUUCUGACAAUAUUUCUAACAUUUAUACUACCUGUUAUGAUUCUUGGCCUCUGUUAUGGAUCAAUUAUGGUAAACCUGCGCCGGAAUUGUCACGCUGCAGCAAGCUCUCGUGCAGGAGCCAGACGGCGACACUCUCUCAAGAUUGUAUUCACCAUCAUUUCAGCCUUUCUAAUCUCCUGGCUUCCUUUCAAUGUGUUCAAGAGCAUCCAAGUAUUCUUACUUAUAAGCAGAGGAGAGAUGAAUGAUGAGACAAUAAUGCACAUAUAUAGAGGACUCACACUGUCCUGCUGCCUGGCAUUUCUCAACAGUUGUGUAAAUCCAGCCAUCUACUUGUUCCUGGAUCAGCAUUUCAGGCACAGAGUCUACGUUCUGUGUCUGACCUGCCUGAGUCAAGGAGACACGCACCAGAGCUACAUCUCAUCUCAUUCUUUUUCUAACGGCACCACUGAGACCUACUCUGGAAAUAUGUCUAGCCGUGGACGCCUUUUCUCACUUACUCAAAAGGAGUGA